CUUUACAUCUACACUCUCUCACAACCUCCCCCCUCACCCUCGUUCACUCCUUUUCCCCACCUAGAGACUGUACAGCCGGUCACCAUGAGCAUCCUAUCAUGGUUCUCAUGGUCUAAACCCACAGACUUUGAGACCGUCCUCUCCGAGCUUGCCAGCCAGAUCGCCGAGGCCAAGCUCUCCCUCUCAGAGAUCCGGCUCCGCGAGCGCCGAUACAUCCUCCUCGUCACUUCGUACAGCGUCACACUAUGGGCGGUGUGGACUGGACUGUGGUUCGUUGGCAUGCUUCCUUGGUGGCUGCUGGGCUGGAGGCCCGGGUCGACAAAGGCGGACGUGGCCGGUCUUGCUGGUGUUGUCGCCGGCCCUAUUCUCAUCUGGGCACUGAACCGGAUCGUCUCGUACGUCUUUGGACGCCAGCGUACUCGUGAAGAGAACCACCUUCGGUCGCUCCUCAAGAAGCAGCGAGCGCAGAUCGACGAGAUCAAGAAGAUUACAAACUAUGACUCGACUCGCAAGCUCAUCGAGCAGUAUGACACGGGUGUGAUCCCGGCGACUCCGCAGCGCCCUGGUCAGCCCGGACCCCAGACCCCACAGCGCCCUUCGCCUCAGACCCCCACGCGUCCUGGUGGCGAGCUCGGCUCUCCGCUGCCUGACGGCACUCCAGGUGCUCCGCAAGGCGGCGAUGACCAAGACGGCCCUGGUGCUCCAGGCGCGCCGGGUACGCCCAGAGCUCCGGGCCACCUUGUCGGUGCCGGCGGUACCCCCGGUCUGGCUCCUAGCACACCUGUACCCGUCCCCCAUGGCAUCUCCGCCGAGCAGGCGGCCUUCAUCCGCAUGCAAAUGCAGAACAUCCAGCCCGUCCUACCUACGCCUGAGAAGAAGUGGUACGACCGUCUGGCCGACUCGAUUCUGGGCGAUGAUCCCACGCAAGCGCCUCAGAACAAGUACGCCCUUGUCUGCGCCGAGUGCUUCACACACAACGGAUUGAUCGGCAGCAAGUACGAAUGGGAGCGAAUGCAAUGGAUUUGCCCUCGCUGCAAGCAUCUCAACCCGGCACCCUUGAGCCGCGCGCAGGCAGAGCUCACAGGCGUCGAGCUGCCAGAGCCCGAGACGCCAUCCAAGCCGCCGCCCGUGGCGCUGCCGGUUACGCCCACCGGCACGCCAGGGCACCUUCGUGCGUCACCACGCCCCCGAAGGCAGUUGGGCGAGCGCAAGGCUGCGCCGAGACUGUCACGUCUGGGCAACGAAGUGUUCUCUGCCGACGACAUUGGCGAGGACGAGGGCGGCGAUUCGUUUGACGAUGAUGCGAUGGAGGUGGACAAGUAGGAGAGGUACUCGUCUUUAUGUCAUU